AUGUCAACAACAGUGGAUCCGUCGGGUUCCACGGCUAGUAGUCGCGCUAUUUUUCACAGUGAGGAUUAUACUCACCCCUGUCACCCUUUAUAUGUUCAUCCUUCUGAUGAGUUGGGUACUUCUCUUGCCUCAUGUCCUUUUGAUGGGACUGGAUUUGGUAGUUGGCGUAGGACCAUUUUGGUAGCAUUGUCUGUCAGAAAUAAGAUUGAUUUCAUAAAUGGUUCGUCGUCUAAACCCCCUGACUCCUCCCCUUUAUCCCGGCAGUGGCAGCGCUGUAAUGAUCUUGUAGUUUCCUGGCUGCUUAACUCUUUGUCCAGGGACAUUGCUUGUAGUGUUGAAUUUUCUGCUUCUGCUAGGGAUAUUUGGCUUGAGUUAGAAGAGAGAUAUGGUACAGCAGAUGGGGUUCGCAUUUUCGAGAUUCAUAAGGAGUUAGCUCAUAUUUUCCAAGGUUCUUUAGACAUUGCAUCUUAUUUUAAUAAAAUUAAACAACUCUGGGAUGAGCUUGCUUCCUUGUCUGCUCAUAGUAAUGCUACAUGCACUUGUGGUGGUAUCAAGACCUUUGAUGAUGAACAAAAGGUUUACCAGUUUCUGAUGGGUCUCAAUGAUACUUACAUACAAGUGCGCAGCAACAUUCUUAUGAUGAAGACACUUCCCUCCAUUGGUACUGCUUAUAGUAUCCUCUUAGCUGAUGAGAAACAGAGGAGUGUAUCCUCUGCCUUCUUCCUUCUCUCAGCAAUCUGCCUCUUUCCAGGCUGGAGUUUCUAGAUCAUCUGCAACUCCAAAAACGCAUUUCAAAGCUGCAAAGCCUUCCUCUCUGGUUUGCAAUUAUUGUAAGAAACCAGGUCAUACUAUUGACAAAUGUUAUAAACUUCAUGGCUUUCCUCCAAAUUUUAAGUUCUCUAAGCCACCAUCUAAAAGAACAGUUGCUCAUGUUGAGCUUGCUAAUUCUGGCCAAAAGGUUAACACUCCUGGGAAUGAUGACAUUUGUUUCUGACCCAACACUUCUUCAACCUUCUGACAUUCCUGGUCUCAACAAAGGGGAAUUUUCUAAGCUGCUUGUUUUAUUGCAAAGAGCUCAGUUUCCUGACAUGUCUACAGCCUGCCCAUCUUUAGCUUCUGCUAAUUUUGUUGGUAAGCUGCCUCAUACAUGUUUGCUGACCAGGAUAGAUAGCACUUUAUGGAUUAUAAACUCUGGAGCAUCUGAUCAUAUGACUUCUGACCUUUCUCUUUUGUUUAAUGUUCAAUCCCUCCCAAUUCCUUUUCCGGUUUCCCUCCCCAAUGGAUAUAAAUUCAAAGUCACCAAUACUGGUUCUUUGGCUUUAUUUCCUGACCUUGUUCUACACAAUGUCUUAUACAUUCCUAGUUUCCAGUAUAAUCUGAUAUUUGUAUCCAAAUUGCUUCACCAACCUGGUUUACCUUACAUUUCACCAAGUCUGCUUGCACUUUACAGGCCCCUUCUCUGAAGAAGCCAGUGGUGCUUGGUAAGCUUGAUUGUGGUCUCUACAAAUUUCUCCGGUCAUCAGAUUCCUCAGCUGGUCCUGUUUUUUCCCUUUUUCCUUUACUUCUGCUUGUGAUUCUCAUGUAUCCCUUGUUAUUCCCACUUCCUUUUUUGCUCCUAGUUCGUUUGUACCUUGUCCUUCUGUAACUACUGAUGGUUCUAUCAAUAAAACUGAUGUUUUGUGGCCCUAUAGACUUGGUCAUGCCCCUUUCUCUAAAAUGAAAUGCAUUCCUAAUAUUGCAAAUGGUUUGUCUUCUAAACAAUCUUUCACUUGUCCCAUCUGUCCCUUAGCUAGGCAACCUCGAUUACCUUUUAGUGAUAGUUCUUCUACUUCCUCAUCUCCUUUUGAACUUAUUCACAUUGAUACUUGGGGCCCUUAUCAUUCCCCACCUAUGAUGGUUUUAGGUAUUUUCUUACCAUUGUUGAUGAUUACUCUAGAGCCACCUGGACACAUCUUAUGGGUGCUAAAAGAAAUGUUUUUGAUCUCCUCAAAGCUUUUAUUACCUUAGUAGAAACUCAGUUUCAUUCUCAAGUUAAAACUGUUCGAAGUGAUAAUGCUUUGGAGCUUGGUUCUUCUUUAUCUGGGUCUCAGUUCUUUGUUUCCAAAGGCAUUAUUCACCAAACUUCCUGUCCUCAUACUCCUCAACAAAAUGGGAUUGUUGAAAGGAAGCAUAAGUUUCUUUUAGAAACUGCUAGAGCUCUUCUUUUCAAAUCUCACCUUCCCAUUAGAUUCUGGGGGGAUUGCCUAUUGACAUCAACCUAUCUUGUUAAUAGGUUCCCCCCUCCUAGACUGCACCACAAGAGCCCUUUUGAGAUUCUUCACAAGAAAGUUCCUUCCUAUUCUCAUCUUAAAGCCUUUGGCUUCCUAUGUUACUCCACAGUUCCCAUCCCUUAUAGGGAUAAACUUUCUCCGCGUGUCAUUCCUUGUGUAUUUUUAGGGUAUCCAUUUGCUAAAAAAGGUUACAAACUUUAUAACCUACUUCUAAGUCUUGUUUUGUCUCUAGGGAUGUAGUUUUUCACGAUUCUAUUUUUCCUUUUCUCUCCAUCUCUUCAUCAUCCCCUUCUAUGUGUCCUUUAACUUUUUCUUACUUUGAAGAUCCUAUUUUGCCUAAUUCUUCCCCUGAUGCACCUUCCCCGGUUGCUUCUACUUUUCCUCCUGCUGCUCUGCACAUGUACCUCCUCUCAAGAAAUCUUCCAGGAUUUCACACCCUCCUGGUUACCUUCAAGACUAUGUCUGUCAUACUUCCUUUAUUCCAUGCUCCUCUUCUUGUGCUUCUAUUCUUGGUCAGGAUCCUGUGUCUCUGAGCCUCGUAGUUAUUCUCAAGCUGCUCUAUUUCCUCAAUGGCAAUCUGCCAUGAGACAGGAAUUUGACACUUUAGAGGCUAAUAAUACAUGGUCCAUUGUUCCUCUCCCUUUUGGUAAAAAGCCCAUUGGGUGCAAGUGGGUCUACAAAAUCAAAUAUAGGGCUGAUGGCUCUUUGGAAAGAUAUAAGGCUCGCUUAGUGGUCCGGGGUGACACUCAAGUUGAAGGUAUUGAUUUUCAUGAAACAUUUUCCCCUGUGGUCAAAAUGACCACCAUUAAGACUCUUGUGGCGUUGUUGUUAAACGUCGUUGGUCUCUUUUCCAACUUGAUGUUAACAAUGCUUUUCUACAUGGGGAUUUGGAUGAAGAGGUCUAUAUGAUGUUGCCCCCUGGUCUUACUGUUUUAGCUUCUUCUUCUAUCCCUAUGGUCUGCAAGCUUAAUAAGUCACUUUAUGGGCUUCGUCAGGCCUCUCGUCAAUGGUAUGCAAAAUUGUCCUCUGCUCUUCAGUCCAAGGGCUACACUCAUUCUCUUAAUGAUUACUCCUUAUUUACUAAGGGGUCUGUUGAUUCUCUGGUUAUCUUGGCUGUUUACGUUGAUGAUAUUAUUUUGACUGGUACUGACCUUAAGGAGAUCUCUGCUCUUAAGUUGUUUCUCCAUGAUCAGUUCAAAAUCAAGGAUCUGGGUUUAUUACAUUACUUCUUGGGAAUUGAGGUUUCCUACUCUGCUGCUGGUGUGCUUUUGCAUCAAAGUAAGUUUGUUACUGAUUUGCUAUCUGAUUAUGCUUGUGAUGUUGCUUCUCCUGUGGUUUGUCCUUUGGAACUUCACAAGAAGUUGUUUGCUAAUAUGGGGGAUCCCUUGGCUCAGCCUGAGUCUUAUCGCAGUCUAGUGGGAAAAUUGAAUUUUUUGACCCACACUCGCCCAGAUCUCUCUUUUGCUGUUCAGCAUUUAAGCCAGUACUUGCAGCAUCCUUGAGUGCCACAUAUGCAGGCUGCCUUACAUCUUUUGCGUUACCUCAAAGGUUCUCCUGGUUUUGUUUGAUCAGCUGGAAGUCCAAAAAGCAGCCUGUAGUUUCUCUUUCUUCUGCGGAAUCUGAAUAUCGCUUGUUGAGUAAAGCUGUGGGUGAGAUUACAUGGUUAUCGCGCCUUCUUUCUGAUUUUGGCAUCCAGAUCUCUCUACCUGUUCCUGUUUUUUGUGAUAGCCAGUCCGCCAUUCAUAUUGCCAAGAACCCGGUCUUCCAUGAACGCACGAAACACAUCGAAUUGGACUGCCACUUUGUUCGUGCCAAGCUUAGUGCUGGACUGAUCAGUCUCCGUCACACUCCUAGUGCUUCUCAGCUGGCUGACAUCUUUAUUACGACUUUACCUGGUGCUGCUCAUCAUUCUCUUCUGAACAAGUUGGGAGUUCUGUCACCCUCCAACUUGAGGGGGGGUGUUGACUCUAUGGAUCAUUGUGGAAUGGGCUAAUUAUUUUAUUCAUUCAUCUGUACGUAUUUUACAUUGGCCCAACUAGUACAUAGGCCCAUUUUAUUUAUCCGAGUCUCUUAUUUUCGGAUCUGGUAUAUAUAUAUACUAAAAACUCAUGUUUGUAGGGUAAUGAAAAAAACAUUUUUCUGUAUGCACACAGAUUCAUAAUGAGAUAUUUUGCUCUCCAGCUCCUUCGAGAA